GAUGGCCUCAAUUGGAAGGAUGUGGCGUGGUUGAUGUUGUCUGACAUUGUGGGGACGUCUGUUCUGACCUUGAAUGGUGUGGCUGCCAAAUUGGGAUGGGUACUCACGAUUGCCUUCAUUGCUGGAUUAUUUCCAGUGGCACUGUAUUCUUCCCUUUUGAUGAGCAGGACACGAGGCAUACUGAGCCGAUUAUUGGGUCCUGGCAAGACCGUAGCUCUGGGCACGAUGGGAGAGGUGGCAGCUUGCGUUUUCGAUUCUCGACGAGCUGGUUUGAUAGUCACCAUCGUUGUUUAUGGUUACACAGCCCUCGGCCAAGCCUCUUACAUGUUGGUGAUGGGAACAGCACUCCAGAUGUCGCUGUAUGAUGUGGCGCUUUGUCUUCCCACCGCGGUUCUUUUGACCAUCGUCGCGUUAGUCGCGCCAAUUUUCGGAGUGCGGAAGCUGGGAGAAUCAGUGAUGUUGGCUUUUGUGAACUCAUUGCUCAUCGUGGCUGUGAUAGUGCUUGCCCUUGUCCGAGCAGGCACCACAACCCCACCAUGCCGGCACACCUUCCUUUUUGACCCAGGUUUGAAUUUUAUGGUGAUCCUGGGCGCCGCUACUAAUGUGGUGUACAGCUAUGCUGGACAGUGGAUGUAUUUCGAGCUGAUGGACACGAUGUCUGCUCCGGAGGACUUUCCAAAAUCAUUCUGCAUCGCAGGUCCGUUUAUGCUCAUUGCGUACCUGGCUGUGGCCUGCUUGGGCUAUGGCUUUGGCUCGGGCACGGGCGAUCUUAUUGCGGGCAUGCCCCACGGUCCCAUGCUGCAGGCGGCAGCGGCCAUGCUCUUCAUCCACGUUCUGAUUGUUUAUCUGAUUAAGAGCGUCGUGCUGAUCCGCUACAUACACGGGUGUUGGAAGCCCAACCAGGUAGAUUCGAGAGGCCUUGGCUCCUAUGUGCAGCAUGGAGGGUUGGGCCUCCUCCUCCUGUUGUUGGGCUUCUUUGUGUCCAACAUGAUACCAUUUUUUUCACAGCUUUUGGGGAUCAUCGGCGGCCUCUUUGCAGGCCCGAUUGGUUUCCUGUUCCCGAUCACGUUCUUCCUCGUGGCCAGAGGCCGCGAGAGACUUGCCGAGAACCAGGAGGAACAUGAGAGCAGGCCGAUGGAACGUCAGGCAUCCCCAGAGGAAGUGGUUGCCAUCUGUGGCGAGCAAGACGAUCCCCAAGAAGAAGGCACUGAGACAAGCUCCUCGACAAGCUACUCAAGCGUGUUGGGUAGUGGGCGAUGCAGGCUGCUACUCGGCUUCGGUACGCUUCCGAUUUGGGAGCAGGUAUUGUUCAUAGUGACUACGAUGAUCUUUGGAGUGGCAGACGAGAUCUCCCAGGUCAUGGAGAUGUGGGACCGGCUGGGAGCUCCAUUCCAGUGCCAUCGCCUCCAACCACCGAAUCGCCCAUCAUGCCCUGGCUGA